CCCGAACACUGGUUGUCCGAAACAAACAUACUGCUUCCGAAUACGGUACCAUCCCGCACCGACUUYGUAUUUCCUGCCGUUCGAUGAUCGCUCUAUUGCAUUCAAGAGCACGUACAGUAAUGUAUUGAAUCAUACUCAAACCCCAACAAAACKAGAAAGGAAACGAACGAUAGAACCACAAACGAGAGAAUCUCACCAUGUCUGGAAAGAACAAUUAUAGAACAGAUAAAACCCAGUGUCCCGAUGAGGACUAUGUUGACGAUAAUAUUCGUGAUAAUACCGUAGAUCCCUUUUUGGUCAUACCAAAUAUUGGUAGUAGCAACAGCAAUGAGUACGCUAACGGGAACAAGGGCGUCCAUGGAAUUCCGAUGGAUGAGCAACAGCAUUUAAAGCAGGAUCAUCAGUACAAUACCUCGAACAUUGAUUAUCGCAUCACUCAAGCAUGGGUUUCUUCCGCACCCGUACCGCUGCUUUCGUCGAUAGAAGAGACCAAAAUUGAUCGGAACAGUAUGAAUCGCGGGGUACGUGAAGUGGAAAGCUUUGAAGACGAAUUCUCAUACACCGCCGACGAAGCAUACCGACAAGGAAGGCAUAGCGAUACUAGUAAUCACAACAACAAGCAAAACCACCACAACUCGCCGAAUCCGUUCACAGAAAUGCGCAGGAGCAUAUUCUCGUCUGCCGCCAACAGUGUUCAACCCAAUGCUCAAAAGCACRGGGAAAUGGAAGCGAGACUGGGAAAYGAUCAUGCUCGMAGGGCAGACGAUGCUCYRAGAACAAGGGAGGACAGCAACAACCAAGUGGACGAUAACGAAGCUCUGUUGGCAACAUUGCCGAAAGAGGCGCUCGACAAUGAGCGCAGAAAAAGUUGUUCCAGCUCACCRAGCACCCCGCCAUCCAUGCCAGAAGAUUUGAUGGAUCUGAGCGUCAACGAGAACGAUGGCAUCGAAAAAAGGGAGAUGGUGGCUUUUCAUUCCUUUGUGAAUGACCAUACCAACGAAAAGGAUCAUCUCGUUCGAAAGACCACCAACACGAACAACGAGAAUAGCAAAUUCAUGUUGGAAUUYCCCCCUUUUCUGAACAUCACACAUGGUGAUGGCGGCGGUGAUAACGAUGGCGACGGCGAUGGCGAUGAAGGGUAUCCAAUCUGCAAUGGCGAUGGCAGUACUUCCCUAAAGGCUUUGGCAAACCCAGAGGACGAAGCCCUAGAGUCACCGUUCUUAUGGAUGAGCAGCGCGGAUCCGUCGACCGCAAGGAUACCGGCUGAGAUCGUUCUCGACGACGACGAGAGGGGCAAGGUGGACGAUGAGUUGCUGACGGGGGACGGGGACGAGAGCAAUCAAAACCAACCCAUGCACCCCUUGUUCCGUCCGCCUACGCUCUCCGCGUCGGGAAAAGUCCCRCGGCCAAAAGCCCUGAAGAACGCGGACCGGCAGCUCACGCCCCAAUCGUGGCAGACCCCACUCUCGUCGCUGAGGCCCAAGACCAUCCUCCGCAACAUGAGCGGCGGAUCGAGGCGGACCGAAAGCAACAACGCUCCGCUCACACCAAGGUCCGGGCGGACGACACCAAAAUCCGAAAAGUAUUACUAUUCGUACGAAACGGAUCCUUCGGCUCCGCCCACACCGGUUCCUCCCUUUGUUGUGGUCCACAGCACGGGGUCGGCGGUGGUGAAAGUCACGGCGAAGAGCACCACCACCGUGUCGGCCUCCAAGAAAUCCUGCGGAAAGAAUCGUUCCUCCAAGAGCAACAGCCCAGAACACCCUUCCGCUUCCAAGAGAAAGCCCGGAUGCUGCGGAGGUGCCCAGCGCAGUGCGAAGAACUGGUGCUGGAAUUGGGGUCGACCGGUGACGAUUGCCCUCGCUUCCGCUGCCGUUGUACUCGCGAUCGUAACAGUCGCCAGUAGCUUGGUUGCGAGUCAUCGAGAGCAGCAACAGCAGCAGCAGCAGCAGCCCAUUCUUGAGACUGUUCUCGAAGCGGACACCAAUCGUGAGCACAACGCGUUUCGUGGUCCAACGUCUGCUCCGACGGUCGUCCCCCAAAACGCCGAUUCGCCUUCUCCCACCGAUUCGAGAGCCACGGGAAACGCUACUAGCACGCUUUCCACAACAACGGACCCACCGGGAACUACGACCCAGAGCGAUCUGGUGUUGGACGCACUCGGGGAAGAGGAACGCAAUGCCACCGCCAAGCCGAUAUGGGAGGGAGUGGUGAAGCGGCCCUACGAAGAAACCUCCAAUCCAGCAAACCCCAAUCCAACAAUGCCCCCCCGAACCUUUUCCCCCUCGAGCUCGCAGAUGCCGACGCUGGCACCGAGCAUGCUCCCCGAGGGCUUUCCGGAACUCGUUCCGACGAACCCCCCGUUUCUCCUUCCCCGAACCACCCCCGAGCCGUCCCCGGGUGGCAGCGACGAGGACCAGGUUUCGGAACCACCCACCCACGGCAUCGCCGAGGUCCCGUGGAACAACUACCUGAUCGGGUUGCUCUCYGUCGAAUCGCCCUCUACCUUUUCCCAGCUGGCCGACGAGAAAAGCCCGCAGUUUCURGCCCUGCAGUGGGGAUCCAUCGACGCCUUCCGGAGAGGAGGGGCGAGCGCGUACACCAUGGACGGGAGCCUCCAGCGGUACGCCCUCGCCACGCUGUACUUUGCCCUCGGCGGAGGAAGCGGCGGCUGGUCCAGCAGCGAUUCGUGGCUGUCGAGUUCGGUGAACGAGUGCGACUGGUUCGGGGUGACCUGCGAUUCGUACGGGAGCGGGGCCGUUGUUCUGUCCCUGGACCUGAGCGCGAACGGCCUGUCGGGGACGCUCCCACCCGAGCUGAACCUCCUGGGGGACCUGCAGAUCCUGAGGCUGCAGGGGAACGCCAUCGGCGGGACGCUCCCCCCCGGGUAUUCCGACCUCGGGCACCUCGUGACGCUGAACCUUUCCGGGAACGAWAUAGGCGGGAGCAUCCCGUGGGAGUACGGUGGCUUUGGAAGCUUCGACUCGCUGGAAACCCUCGACCUGGGCCACAACCACCUGGAGGGGAGCCUCCCCCCCGAGCUCGGGGGCAUGUCGAGCCUCAGGGCCCUCACCGUYUGYUCCAACCGAUUGGAGGGGACCGUCCCUYCCGAGCUCGCGGCACCCGGACGAUUGGUGGCGCUCCGGCUGGGCGGGAACUCGCUGACCGGGGCGGUCCCCGAGUCCAUCUGCGACAAGGUGGAGGAGAGCACCGGUCCGCUGCUCCUGGUGUCGGUCGACUGCAGCGUGGACUGUGGGUGCUGCGAAAGCUGCUGCGGCAGCGGCGAUAGCGACGCGUGCUGCUGACGAACGAMCGAUCCGAGGCCACAAGAAAGCGGGGGGCCUGCUGCCAAUGCCCAUGGCAAUGCAAUUCCAAUGCAAUUCCAAUGCCAAUACACAUUUCACCAUCUUGGUCCCCGGGACGGAGGGGGCGUUGCUUGCGAGAGGAAAACACCCUUUUGCCUACUAGAAUCCACAAUACAUACCGUAGACACUCUUUGAUAUUCCAACAAACAAAACAAACACGUGCCAGCAGCGCAUUUGCUCUACGCGGAUAAUACAUCCGGAAAUUAGUGCAUGUACCAAACUUGCAACGGAGCUCUUCGCAGACCAGAAAGAAAGUGUCGAUGCGUGUGCACGAACCAGAAAUCGAUCUAGUUUUAGCUGCUAGUAGUAGUAGUAGUAGUAGUAGUAUUGGCGCUUCGUAUCAGUAGCAAUCGCACUACCACUACGGUGGAUGCUCUCAUCCAUCCUGCUUUUGUGAUGCGGUACGUACGUACGGUGCUUGAUCAAAUGAUUAGUGGCACGAACGGUGCUUCGUGUCUCCGUAACUACCACUAGUUGGUGGAGUGCUCCAUUCCCCCUUGCAACUACGAGUACGUGUAGGUACGAGUACCAGGUACUGCUAGUGCAUAGCUGGAUCAAAAUUCAAAAUCCAAGUAAAACAUAAAUUGGGUUCCUAUGUACGUAGGGUUAGUAUGGUACUUACCUAGUAUGUCGGGCAAAAUGACCAGCCGCCCGACAAAAACAGGAGCUCUCGUGAACAAAAAUACCUACGGUACGUAAAGGCMGGUACGGCCAGCGUGUGGCGAUGGCGGCAUCACCUGCCUGUGUUUUCUUUUUUUGUGCUGUAUGCUAGUAAAUGCUACAGCGUUGUAACGUAUUUAAGUUCCGAGUACAGGAAGCUCGAACCUGAAGUCACAAGUACAAGUACUCGUACGCUUCAAGGGAGUCGAAAUCGAGACAAAGCGUCAUUUUUGAACCCGCAGAAGAAUUGUAUUGUAAAGUACUCGUGCCGUGCGAUACCUUUGCGAUUGUUGCCCCUCCCAUAGACCGAACAGGCACUCUUCGCAACACAAUAACAAGCCCGAAUCGAAUCGAAUCGAAUCGAAUCGAAUCGAAAGCAAUUCGAAUCGAAUCUAGUCGAAUCGAAAGCAAUUCGAAGCACCUGCGCAAUACCACAAGAACGGGACAGCGCCACACCAUGAUUCGAAGACAGGGGGAGAGCAACGGMAACGGCAACGGCAACGGCAAACACCACGACGAGGAGGAGAUGGUCUCCUUUCUGGGAACCGGCGCCGCGAGCAAGAAUGGGCCCGCGAGGACAAGCACAGAGAGUGGGGGUUCCCGAACGAUCGGGAUCGUCCCGGUAGUGUCCGUCCUGUGCGGGAUCGUCUUUCUGGCAACCGGUCUCUCCUUUUCCGGCGCCCUGGAUUCGAAGCCGACCAGCAGCAACAGCAACAUCAGCAGCAGCAGCAACAACAAAAUCAGCAGCAACAACAACAACAACAACAUCUCGCACCCCCCCGUCCUUCUCGAGGACGGAACCAUCUCCUUCGAGUGCCCCGAGAGCUUCGAGAUCUUGGGGCCCGAGGCCGACGCCGAAUCGUACGCGGUGGUCUCGGAGCAGCUGACGAGGGACCGGAAGGAAUUCCUCGCGACCUUCCGGGAGACGACCUUUGACGAGUGGGACCAGACCUACACCUUUGUCAAGAAGGGCCUCUCCCCCUUUAAGAAAAAGUACUACCCGAAAUACCUAACGAACGGGGCCCACAUCUAYGAGUCGGCCAUGGGGAUCGGCCUCAACCUCUACAUGACGCUGGAGAUCCUUUCCGAGGCCGACCCGCCCGUCUCGGGGAUCACGGUCUACGGGAACGACUACGUGGCGGCCUCCGCGGCCCGGGCCAACGACCUGGUCCUGGCGGAGGGGGUCCUCCCGGAGGGGAACCGCAAGGGCGUCCUCUGCGCCGGGAACUCGCUGGACCUGGGCCACGUUCCCACCGGCGCCUUUGACCUGGUUUACACGGGGUACGUCUCGCCCCUCAUGGACCCGCUCGGGAUGUCGGACGGGACCGUCGGGAGCAUUGCGGACGACGACGCCUCCUACUGGGGCUGGUACGACGAGAUCUGCGAGUCCUUCCGCCGGAAAGCCGACGCUUCCACCAGGACCAGGAACCGCGACUGGAUGGGGGCCUACCUGUGGGAAAAGCUCGUGGUGCCGAAGCAGAGGGAGUGGUUUGGCAAGUGGGUCGGGGAGAUGGCCCGGAUCGCCAAACCCGGCGUCCCGGUCAUCGUCGAGUCGGUCUCGCAGAACUACUGCGACUACGACGUACGUGAAACGUCUUGCGCGCCGAGUUGUGGUGCACUGUGUCGCACUGUGGUGCACUGUGUCGCGUUGCGUUGCGUUUUCUUUGCCUUGUUCCCUCUCUCACACGGCGUGGUGUCUUGGUUGUUUUUUCCCUUUCGUUUGCCCGGCUCGGCUUGCGGUGUGCUGCGUUCGUGUUGCUGUCGUGGUUUCGCUCGAACGACAGAACGACUGGGGCGGUGUGGCCAAGUCGUUUUGGAAAGAGGCCGCUACGGAAAACACGUACGGCUGGAACGUCGAUCCGGAUUCGAUCGAAAUGAUGGACGACACCGUCAACGAAGAGCGGUACCACGUCUUUAUGAUCAAAAAGAAGCAGUGAGGGAAGGGACGAAACGGCGGACAAAAAGGGAGGAACAAACGGACGAACGAACGAACGAACAAUCAAAGGAAGGAAGGAAGGAAUGCAUCAAAGAAACAAAAGACGGCUUG